UUUGACCCGUGCGGGUUGUGUGUAGCCUUAGUGGAGUUUAAAUUUUAGCGGCAAUGCUGCAUAUAUAGGCUAUACAUCAUUAUAAUAACAUUGGUAUUUUAUUAAUACUUCUUACAGUGUCGUUCGACCGACCAGUGGAGCAUAUAACGCGACUAAGCAGCAAAUGUGGAAUAAAGAACGAAAUGCCAUCAGAACCGCUGAAACAUCGGUCGUCAAAAUCGCAAAUGUCAGAUGAAACUUCUUCAUCAAGUUCCGAGGCUUCUGAAGAUGAGGAAAGUACUGAUGCAGAGACGAGUGCUGCUGAAACAGAAGAAGCACAGCAAUCCACAUCUUCCGGGAGUAACUAUCUUCACCAUCCAUGGUUGCUGGAGACGAGGGAAGACGGAAAAGUUGAUGAAACUUCACAAAAUCAACAUCAACAUGAAACCCAUGAUUCUGAUAACCAGGAUAACUCAUCUAAUAAUUCACAAGACUCUUCCUCCAGCUCCGGUGAGAGCAGUAGUGAUGACUCCACUUCCUCUGAUGAAGAAUCCUCCAAAAGGUCUUCCCACAAAAAUUCAAAAAGCAAAGAUUUGCCGGAAUGGGAGAGUAACCCACAAAUAUAUGGACUUAGACGUUCUUCAAGACAGAAAAAAGAACCGCAACGAUUAACUGCUAAACAGUCUUGCUCGGAUGAAGAUGGAAACUUUGGAAGAAAACAUUUGAAAGAGAAAGACCCAACUUCGACAUUAAGUGGGUCAAGCAGUGAAGAAUCGAACGAAUACGAAUCAUCAGCUUCUUGGAAACGAGGGAAAGGAAAUUUAAAAAAAUCAAAAUUAUCUCAGAUGAGAGCUAAGCUUAUGGGCAAGAAAACUAAGAAUAUUAAAUCUUAUUCAAAGCCUCGUAAUCGACGAAUGGAGACAUCCACUAUGUCGGAUGAUGACACAUCAGAUGACAAUCAACCUGUAAGAGCUUCAUCCAGGAUACAAAGGAAGAGCAACACUGUUAGUUACAGGGAAAAUGAUUCUACGCAAGAAACCGACAGUGAUGAUCUUGUAGAGAUUAAUCCCAAUGAAGAGGUGGAAGAGGACCCGGACACAGAGGCCAUUGAAAAGAUCAUGGAUAGCAGGGUUGGUCGCCUUGGUGCCACCGGUGCAAAAACCACAGCAUAUGCUGUGAAGAGGUCAUCAGAUCCUAACCAUGGUUUUAAUGUAAAGACAGAUGAAGCUGAAACUCAAUACUUAAUCAAAUGGAAAAAUUGGUCUCACCUUCACAAUACAUGGGAAUCCGAAGAAACGUUAAGAACACAAAACAUUAGGGGCAUGAAACGCCUCGAAAAUUUUGUGAGAAAAAAUGAAGAAAUAAAUGUUUGGCUGAAUGCUGCCCUGCCCGAGGAUAAAGAAUAUUAUUACUGCCAACAAGCAAUGAACAACAAUGUACUGCAAAACUACUUGAAAGUUGAAAGAGUUAUUGCGCGAUCUGCCAAGAAAAACCAGCAAGAAACCUGGGACUACCAAGUUAAAUGGUGCGGCCUGCCUUACAGUGAAUGUACAUGGGAAGAGGAAUCUCUUAUUAAGGAAUUUCAGGAUGAAAUAAAUGCGUUUGAGAUGAGACAAGAUAACCCUUGUAUCCCAAAGCGCGACUGCAAGGUAUUACGCCAACGUCCACGUUUUGUCCCAAUGUCUCGACAGCCAGACUGGUUUCAGGGCAAACUACAACUGCGCGAUUACCAACUACAAGGUGUUAACUGGCUGGCACACUCAUGGUGCAAAGGCAACAGUGUAAUACUUGCGGACGAGAUGGGCCUUGGUAAAACAAUACAAAGCAUAUCUUUCCUAUCAUAUCUCUACCACACGCAUGAGCUGUAUGGAUUGUUUCUCAUCAUCGUACCACUGUCUACUAUGACUUCCUGGCAAGUGGAGUUUCAAACAUGGGCGCCGUAUAUGAACGUUAUUGUAUACAUGGGAGACCAGAGCAGCAGAGCCACGAUCCGUGAAGUAGAAUGGAUGUUUCCCAACAAACAUUACAAGUUCAACGCUGUGUUAACGUCGUAUGAGAUUCUACUUAAAGAUAAAUCCUUUCUUGGUUCUCAUUCAUGGGCUGUUAUUGCUGUAGACGAAGCACAUCGGCUCAAAAAUGAUGAUUCUCUUCUUUAUCGUUCGUUGAAAGAAUUCAAAUCAAACCAUCGCCUUCUUAUAACCGGUACACCGCUUCAAAACUCAUUGAAAGAGUUAUGGGCCCUACUGCAUUUCAUUAUGCCUGAUAAGUUUGAAACAUGGUCUGAUUUUGAAGAAGAGCACGCAAAGAACCGUGAUUCAGGAUACACCUCAUUACACAAAGUGUUGCAACCUUUUUUACUUCGACGAGUGAAGAAAGAAGUUGAAAAGUCCUUGCCGUCAAAAGUUGAACAAAUAUUGCGAGUUCCUAUGUCUUCAUUGCAGAAACAAUAUUAUAAGUGGUUGUUGACGAAAAACUACGCUGCUCUUACGAAAGGUGGUCGUGGUAGUUUUACUUCGUUUUGUAACAUCAUCAUGGAGUUGAAGAAAUGUUGCAAUCAUGCUUUCCUUGUAAAAGCUCCUGAAACAGAAGCCACAAGCUCAGAGAUGUUACUGAAGGUCCUGCUAAGGAACAGUGGGAAGAUGAUUCUACUUGAUAAACUCCUCAUCCGAUUAAAGGAGAACGGACACCGAGUCCUCAUCUUCUCACAGAUGGUUAGGAUGUUGGACAUCAUACAGGAAUACCUCGUGGUCAGGAGGCUGCAGUUUCAGAGAUUAGACGGAUCAGUGAGCAGCGAUCUUCGUCGACGAGCACUUGAUCACUUUAACGCUGAAGGAUCAGAGGACUUUUGCUUCCUCCUCUCGACGAGAGCAGGAGGUCUUGGGAUCAACCUCGCAACUGCCGAUACCGUCAUCAUAUUCGAUUCGGAUUGGAAUCCAAUGAAUGAUCUUCAAGCGCAAGCAAGAGCUCAUCGGAUCGGACAAAAGAAUCAGGUGAACAUAUACCGACUUGUGUGUGCUGGAAGUGUGGAAGAGGACAUUAUUGAAAGAGCAAAGAAGAAGAUGGUUCUUGAUCAUCUUGUGAUCCAGAGGAUGGACACAUCCGGGAAGACGGUCCUCUUCAAAACCUCCACUCCAUCUUCAACAACAAACAACCCGUUUAAUAAAGAUGAAUUAAGCGCUAUCCUUAAAUUUGGUGCAGAAGAAUUGUUUCAGGAGGCGGAGGGUGAGGAAAAAGAACCCGAAUGUGACAUAGAUGAAAUAUUAAGACGAGCAGAAACGAGACAAGAUCAACCAAGCAUGGGAGUGGGGGAUGAACUACUGUCUGCUUUCAAUGUUGCUACAUUCACUCUUGAUGAAGAGGAGCCGAUCCAGGUGAGCAAAGAUUGGGAGAACAUCAUCCCUGAGAAGGAUCGGAAGAAGAUCGAGGAGGAGAAUCGACUCAAACAAGAAGCCGAGCUUUACCUUCCAAGAAGAGCAAGGAAGAAAAUGAAGACCCAAGGACGAAGUGACAGCGAAAAUGGAUCAGAUUCUGCAUCUUCGGAUGAAGAAGAUGAUGAAUCGUUGCCAAAGAGGAGAGGAAGACCUCCACGAUCCGGAGGAGUGGAAGGGGAAGAUUAUGUGAAGGGAUUCACCACUGCGGAAGUUCGGAAGUUCGUCAGAAGUUUCCGGAAGUUUGGUGAUCCAUUAAACAGGUUGGAUGCUAUUGCUCGUGAUGCAGAACUCAGCGAACAAUCAGAGGCAGAUCUUCGUAGACUUGGAGAACAACUUCAUUCAAGGUUGAUACAGAUGAGCAAUGAAGUUAAAAACUCACAAGAUGGAAAUGAAAAAGAAGAGAAACAUGGCAGAGGUAGAGGGCCUUCAUUUCGUCUCGCUGGUGUUUCAGUAUCGGUUAAAACAACCCUGGCAUGCAUAGAAGAUCUUCAACCUGUUGUUGAUGUUAUUCCUAAAGAUUCGGAGGAAAGGAAAAAUUUUCACCUGAAUAUACCGGUUCGACCAAUGUAUGUAUGGGACUGUGCAUGGGGGUUGGGUGAUGAUUCACAUCUGCUUAUAGGAAUAUAUGAAUAUGGGAUGGGAAGUUGGGAACAAAUACAAGCCGAUCCCUCACUUAAACUUGAUACAAAGAUACUUCGUCCAAACAACGAGAAACCACAAGCGAAACAACUACAAAGUCGAGCUGAAUAUCUCAUCAAACUUUUACGUAAAGCUCAAGAUCAAAAUCACCCCGGGGUUCCCCAACCCACACCCACACAUCGGAGUCGGAGAAAGGGGGUUCCCCACAAAGACCCCAAACCAGGAGCCCCGCCUGUCACAGAUAAGGGAACAAAAUCGAAACGCGGAAGUCGAAAAAUUAAAUCAAAAGCUCGAGUUGAUGCGACAGGAAGUGAUGUAGAUGCUGACACAGCAGUUUCUGCCGCAAACCAUGACUCAGCAAAACAUGAAAAUGGUGGAAUCGUAGCAACACAUGAUGAGGGUAAACGAAAACGUAGGAAACGAAAAGCAGCUGAAGCUGAUUUAACUAAGCAGGAGUUAAAUGAGGUCGGUACGAAGGAAAAACGUCGGAAACGCAGCUCAAAGGAUCAGCAGCAGAAUAAGGUGCAUAAAAAUAAAGGACCGGUUCAUAUUACGAUCAAAUCAGAUCCUGUUCCUGUCGGCUCGAGCGAAUUCUCGGGGGAAUUAAACGCUGAAACUUUCCGCGAAUGUAAAGAACGUCUGCGACCGGUGAAGCGCGCACUUAAGCAACUUAAUCGGCCACCACCGGCACCAGAGGGCAGUGAAGAGCAGAUCAGGGUUGACCACACGCUGCGCUGUUUAUUACAGAUAGGGGACCGUGUUAUUGAAUGUUUGAGGGAGCUUCACGACCCAGAAAGAAUCAAAAAGUUGCGAAGGAAUUUGUGGAUAUUUGUUUCAAAGUUCACAGAAUACAACGCUGAGAAACUUCAUAAGUUAUACAGGGUAGCUAUAAAGAAACGGGAACAUGACAAAAAAAAAAGUGAUCCUACAGAAGUAAAGAAAUCAACAACAACAGCAACAACGCCUGCAACAAAACCAAACAACACAGGGAGUUCUAGAAAAAUUCAACACAAAUCACUUACAAACAAGAAACGGUCAACCACGCCACCAAUUACUAAAGAAACCAAUGAACCACAUACUUCACCUAGUAAAGAAAAACCGGCAGAAAAUGACUCAAAAUCAGCAAACAGGCCACCAACCAAGCCGACUACUGUUGAUUCUCACCCUGAUGAGAAAGCUAACAGAUUUGCGGCCGAGUCCUGGAACAGAAGAGAAAGAUCGCCCAGUGAGUAUCGUCAGCGUGAAGGUUUCACAAAGCAUCAGAGGUCUCCGUACUCAGAACAUCGAAUCCCUCCUCCGGGAAGAGGGAGGAGUCCAACGGAUCGACAUUACAGAGAACAUGAGUAUGAUCGGCACAGAGACUUCAGGAGGUCGCCUCCAAGGCACCGCCGGCCUUCUCCGGAAAGGUACCGUAGGCCGCACCACGAGUACCGAGGUUCGCCACCCCCGGAGUUUCGGGGCGUGCCGCCGGGUAUGGAAAGAGACUGGGACCCUCGCAUGGGGCCUAGGCCGUACUAUAACCACCCACCUAUGCCCUCAAGAAGUCCGCCUGGUCGUUCUCAGCAUCCCGAUUACCGCCGUGGUUGGAGAAGGCAGCAGGACGGGUAUCCUUACCAGAACGAUGGUCGCAGACGUUACUAUGGUGGUUCUCCACCUGUGCGUUCGUCGCCAGCAGGUUAUAGUCCUACACAGACAGAGGUACCUUCCGAACCGCUUAAACGCGCCGAAAAAACGUGACAACGGUUCGAUGUUACGUAUAGUUUGCCAAAAGUACUGUGCGCUGCUUUCCAGCAAACAAAAUGUACGAAAUGUUCCUGUCGUCUGUUUUAAUCAUAUAACUGACGUUUUCCUUCAUUCUCCGUUGUGCCAUACAAACACCGAAUUACUGUUUCGUCAGCAUCAAUUGCUGGCGUUAUUUGCUUGUCUUGUUAUAAAAUCUUUGCGAGCGUUCGUUGAAACUGCCUACAUCAAUAUGUGCGCCGACACCUUUUUAUUAUUUUCAUUUUACCAGUUGCUUUUGUUCCCUUACCACUACACUGCGCCAAAGGGGCAGCAGCUUACACGGUUAAAGUAUUUCUACAAUUUCAUUUUCAACUCUACAGUAAGCAUUGGUACAGUUAAGGUGUUACCUAUAGCCGGCAAUUGAAUGCAGGUUAUGAAAAUUCUGCAUUUCAAUACCUUAUCCUCCUCCCCGCAAAAUCUGCUGUUUUCUUGCAUCAACGAACUUAUUUAAACUGUGUCUUUUCUGACUCCGUUUUUUGGAGCUUCUUAAAAAAAUAAACCAUCUUUCUGAUGAA